CAGGGGCUGCGUGCCGGGGGCUCGGGCCGAGUGUGAGUGCGGCGCUGGCUCCUGCCGCGCUCCUGGCGGGGCCCAGCCAUCCUCGCUGGCCGCUCCUGGGCUCGCUGCGUUGUUUCACGAUGGACAGCCAAACAAACUUGUUCACCUUGGAGCUACAAAUAUUGAUGAUUUGAGAUUGGCGCUCAUCCCCCACUGUUCCCACGCAAGCAAGGACCAGAAAAAUGAAUAUCCAGGGGAAGGGCUUCCCCUUGGACCUCGGAGGAAGCUUCACUGAAGAUGCUCCAAGGCCACCGGUUCCUGGUGAGGAGGGGGAGCUCGUGUCCACAGACCUAAGGCCAGUUAGCCAUGGUUUCUACUCUGGUAAGAGUGAUGUGGUCAGAAACGAGACGUCCACGGCAACACCGAGGCGCUCCGAUUUGGAUUUGGGGUACGAGCCCGAGGGGAGUGCUUCACCAACUCCACCCUACCUGAAGUGGGCCGAGUCACUGCACUCCUUGCUGGAUGAUCAAGAUGGCAUCAACCUCUUCAGGACUUUCCUGAAACAGGAGGACUGUGCAGAUCUGCUGGACUUUUGGUUUGCCUGCAGUGGCUUCAGGAAGCUGGAGCCGUGCGUGUCUAAUGAGGAAAAAAGACUCAAGCUGGCAAAAGCCAUUUACAAAAAAUACAUCCUCGACAACAAUGGCAUUGUGUCCCGGCAGAUCAAACCGGCCACAAAAAGCUUCAUCAAAGACUGUGUCAUGAAACUGCAGAUUGACCCUGACAUGUUUGACCAGGCCCAAACGGAGAUUCAGUGCAUGAUAGAAGACAAUACCUACCCUUUGUUCCUUAAGUCGGAUAUUUAUUUGGAAUACACAAGGACAGGUGGGGAAAGUCCAAAAAUUUAUAGCGAUCCGAGCUCGGGGUCCGGGACAGGUAAAGGGCUACCUGGUUAUCUGCCAACUCUGAACGAGGAUGAGGAGUGGAAGUGUGACCAAGAGGCCGAGCCCGAGGCCAGCAGGGACUCGGCGCCUUCCAGCAGGCUCACGCAGAAGCUGCUUCUGGAGACGGCCACGCAGCGCGCGGCCCCGGCCCGGCGCUACAGCGAGGGCAGGGAGUUCAGGCAUGGCUCGUGGAGAGAGCCUGUUAACCCCUACUAUGUCAACACGGGCUAUGCUUUGGCACCAGCCACCAGUGCCAAUGACAGCGAGCAGCAGAGCAUGUCCAGCGACGCCGACACCAUGUCCCUGACAGACAGCAGCGUAGAUGGGAUCCCACCGUACAGACUCCGAAAGCAGCAUCGCAGAGAGAUGCAAGAAAGUGCCAAAGCAAAUGGACGUGUGCCACUACCUCACAUUCCUCGGACCUACCGAAUGCCAAAGGAUAUCCACGUGGAGCCAGAGAAGUUUGCUGCAGAGCUGAUCAACCGUUUGGAGGAAGUACAGAAGGAACGUGAAGCAGAGGAGAAGUUAGAGGAGCGCCUUAAACGCGUUCGAGCGGAAGAAGAAGGGGAGGAUGCAGAUAUCUCUUCUGGUCCCUCAGUCAUGAGCCACAAGAUGCCUUCUGCCCAAGCCUUCCAUCACUUUGCUCCUCGUUAUGCUGAGGUGGGCUGUGCUGGGAUGCAGAUGAGAGAUGCCCAUGAGGAAAACCCCGAAAGCAUCCUGGACGAGCACGUGCAGCGUGUGAUGAAAACUCCAGGCUGCCAAUCUCCAGGACCUGGCCGUCACUCUCCUAAGCCACGGUCCCCAGAAAGUGGCCACUUAGGAAAGCUGUCAGGGACACUAGGAACAAUUCCUCCAGGGCAUGGCAAGCACGCUACAAAAUCAGGAAUGAAACUGGAUGCAGCUAACUUAUACCACCAUAAACAUGUCUACCACCACAUCCAUCACCACAGCAUGAUGAAACCAAAAGAGCAGAUUGAGGCUGAGGCCACGCAGCGAGUGCAGAACAGCUUUGCUUGGAAUGUAGAUUCACAUAACUAUGCAACAAAGUCACGAAACUACAGUGAAAACUUGGGCAUGGCCCCUGUCCCCAUGGACUCUUUAGGCUACAGUGGGAAAGCAAGUCUGCUCUCAAAAAGGAAUGUUAAGAAGACCGAUUCAGGGAAAAGUGAUGGUGCCAACUAUGAGAUGCCAGGAUCUCCUGAAGAUGUGGAGAAAAACCAGAAGAUCCUUCAGUGGAUCAUAGAAGGAGAGAAGGAGAUCAGCAGGCAUAAGAAAACAAACCAUGGCUCUUCAGGUGCUAAGAAGCAGCUGUCCCACGACAUGGUCCGGCCCCUCUCCAUCGAGCGGCCGGUGACGGUGCACCCGUGGGUCAGCGCCCAGCUCCGCAACGUCGUCCAGCCUUCCCACCCCUUCAUUCAAGAUCCUACCAUGCCACCCAACCCAGCCCCCAACCCUCUCACCCAGCUGGAGGAAGCUCGCAGGAGGUUGGAAGAGGAGGAAAAAAGGGCUGGAAAGCUCCCCCUUAAGCAAAGCAGGUUGAAGCCCCAGAAGCGGCCGGGCAGCGGCGCGGCGCAGCCCUGUGAGAACAUCGUGGUGGCCUAUUACUUCUGCGGGGAGCCCAUCCCCUACCGCACCCUCGUCAAGGGCCGCGUGGUGACACUGGGACAGUUCAAGGAGCUGCUGACCAAGAAAGGGAACUACAGGUAUUACUUUAAGAAAGUGAGUGACGAGUUCGACUGUGGUGUGGUCUUUGAGGAGGUGCGGGAGGAUGACACCAUCCUGCCCAUCUUUGAAGAGAAGAUCAUUGGGAAGGUGGAGAAGAUUGAUUAGGCUCCAGGGCAGUGAGGACAGGACUGUGAAGGACUCUGGGACCGGAGGAGAAGGCCUGGGGCGGACGCUGCCACCACGGGCACCAGGCGAGCCCAGGGCAGAGGGUGGCAGCUCCGCCUUCCAGCACGGAUCUGGGCAAGCUCCAGGGUGCCAGUGGAUGCCCUUUCACCCCACAAACCUGCCAGUGGGAGCCUGGGCUCCCUCUCCAUACCGAAUAUAAGUGUAAUGUAGCAUUGUACAGUGCAUUAGAAAGUGUAAUAUGACCUUGUUUACUAAAGCUGCAUAUUUUUGAUAUAUUGUAAUAAAAGGAAAAUAUUUCCAAUGUCACAGUGCUCUUAUGUAAAUGUUAAACAUACAGGUACUGCAGAACUCACCCAAAGUGUACAGCCAUCCAUCAGACUCAGCUGCUCCGUGCUUUCCCGGCACCCUGCCCCGUUCUCCUGGUAUGGAUGGCUCUGGAGCACCACGGGGUAGAGCUGCCCUCACCCCAGCAGUGUGGAGGGGUGACCCCUCUCCAAAGUGGCUGUGAAGAUCAUUGAGCCAUUUGGAAGGAAUCAUCUGUGGCCUCCUUGGCAGGCUCAGCUGCUGGAUGUGGUAGGAUGGGUCUUUUUUUCUCCUCCUGAGCUUCCUUGCAACCGAGUAAAUUCCCAGGGGAGAGAAGGGACAGUGCCUGUUGGGACUGGGGUCUUCCCACAGAGCAAGGAGCAGCUCAGAGCCAGGGUGGCAGGCCGGGUGCUGGCAUCCCACAGCUUGCACACUCCUGCGUGUCCGCUGUGUCCCCGUGGAGAAGGGAUUACUUCGCAGGCGGGUGCUGCAGUUCUGGCUCCUGUGUGCCUGGUGCAGACAUGCCCAGACCCCUGGGCCAAGCGCUGGCUUUAGGCAGGGCCCUCUUUAGGAGAGCCAUAAUGGGGAAGUAGACAUUAAAGCUGAAGACAAAAUACAUCUUUUUAUGAGUCCUGCAUCUUUUUGUCAGCUUCUGUGUCUCAGGAGAGGCAGCAGGAGGGCACUGCACCACAGGGGUCGUUGAUGCCAGUUUGUGGCUCCUGCAGGACCAGCAGGCAGCCCUGGGAAGCCUCCUGGGCUUAUUCAGCUGCAAGGAAGCUGGGGCUGUGCUGGUGCUCCCCCCAUCCUGUCCUCGCCCAGCCCAGACCCUGCUGCUCCAGCACAGCCGCUGCUCCGUGCCAGCUCCUUUAGGGAGCCCUUGCCCACCCACCCGGGGGUGGCCCCACAGCCCGGGGGCCCAGGGUGGUGCUGGCCCUGCUCAGGGCCAUGCCCAGCCCCAGCAGUGUGGAGCUGCCGGGAGCCCAGGGCACGGCGCCGGGAUGGGCGCGCCUGUUGUACACCUCACCGAGUGCCUUUAAACACGGGCUGGACUUGCCCAAAGCACUGCGUGAAGUCCAGCAAAAUCUGCAAAUGCUUUCAGCCCGGGAACAGUGUCCCGAGGGGUUUUGCUCCGUUUUUUGAAGUUCUGAUGGUGGUGUGUCUGGUGAGGUUGUUGGCGUGCCCGGGAUUUCUGUCCCCCCUUUUUUUGGGGGGAUCCCUGUAAAUAUGUACAGUGGCGUGCAGCCCGGCAUUUCUUCUGCAUUCUCAUGUGCUGACUUGUACAAUGAUCUUUUCAAAGGUACUUGGAUAAAAUGAAAUAAAACCCCACAUCCCA